AAAUGAAGUUAGUGGUUCCCAAAGAGUGAAAGAGAUAAGCAAGUGAGCAGAGCAGCAGUACACACUCAUUUUCCAGCAGUCAUCCAUUAAUAUAUGCAGUGGUGAGGAGAGUGUGAUGAAACAAAUCACCGGCUCAACAAGAACCUUAAUACAUCACUUGCAGAUGGAGAAUUCAUCUGAGCAGUCUCGUUGGGUGUCCCCCAGCAUGAUCAGUCCCGACCCUUUAGCAAGCUACACCACAGAGACCGGGUUGCUGCCACCCGGUGAUGAAGAUGAGCCCCUCUACGCCAGUUCUGAAACUGACUUAUUGCCAUCGUAUUAUUCCACAAGUGGCCAAAGCAGAGCCUCCUCAUCCUACAGACACAGCCCAGAAGAAUGAAAGUCAUACACAUCUGGGAUGGCAUGAGGUUCGACAGGUCUACACCUCUCCAUCAAUUCUGGGAAACAUCCAGUGGUUGGACAACUCUCCGGGCCACUCUCUGAACUCUUCCUACAAUGUCACAUCCGCUGUCUGGACAAGCAGUCCUUUCGCAAAGACACCACUUCACUCUCACACCUCCCCGUCCAUCUACCCUACCACCUCCUCUUUCACCUCCCCUAAACAGGGCUUCCCUUCCCCCAGUUGUGAUGGUAAGGAAAGUCCCAGGCUCCAGGAAGCUCUGAAAGCGGAGCGAUUGAGUCCCAUGGGUGGAGGUGGGAGCAGCUUCCUCAAUCUGACCUCAGCCGCUGGGGGAGUGUAUGGUCCUUCUCCGCACAUGCCGAGUCCCUAUGGAUCAUACAUGGCUACGUCACAAGAUUACAGUUCAGCUGCACUCUAUUCUAGUGCUGGACCUUGGAUGAGCCCUUCAUCCUACUCACCCAAACUUCGUAACAAGAUGAGACUUUCACCACCAGAGGCACGUGAAUGUGUAAACUGUGGUGCCACUGCCACCCCCCUGUGGCGUCGAGAUGGUACAGGCCACUACCUCUGCAAUGCUUGCGGACUGUACCAUAAGAUGAACGGCCAGAACAGACCCCUCAUCAGACCGAAAAAGAGGCUGAUUGUCAGCAAACGUGCCGGAACGCAGUGUGCCAACUGCAACACAAGCACUACAACACUAUGGAGACGCAAUGCCAGUGGCGAGCCUGUGUGCAAUGCUUGUGGCCUCUACUUUAAACUACACAAUGUCAACAGGCCUUUAACUAUGAAGAAAGAUGGCAUACAAACGCGGAAUCGCAAGGUGUCUAACAGGAACAAGAAGGGCAAAAAGAGUGCAGCUUCAGAGCUUUACACUGACAUGUCUCAUAUUGCCUCUCAUGAUGAGCACGUAGGACCCUACUGUCUGAAUCCAGGACCCCUCCUGUCCUACAGCCACACAUCUCACCUACUAACCCCCUCCACCCUUCACUCCUCCCCCACCCUGUCCUACACCCACCACCCAAACUCUGGCAUGGUGCCUACACUAGUGUGAGGGAGACUUCUAUUGGACCAUAACAAGGCAUGUACAUUACAUUGUACAUAUAUUAAACACAGCUUGCAUAAAGUCAGCAUAGUCUUUUUUAACCCAUAGUGCAGCUUGAAUAGUGAAACUGUAAAAUAUGUGGUAGCUAAAAUUGUUUGCUUUCAGCUCUAUCAUAUAAUGACAAUUGUAUAUUUAUUAAGGCUUAUUGGAUGUGCUAUACUAUGAUUUCUUUUGAGACAAUAAAUAAAUGUGUGUUGUA